AUGUCGAUCGCCGAGCUUCAUCACUUGCAAGUAAUCACUCUCGGGACGAAUUACAACUUGACCGCCGAUUUGUCCAUUCUGCUGGAAGGGAGUUGGAUGGCGAUCGAGAUCAUGGACCUUUCAGAAAACCGAUUCCAUGGAGAAAUCCCGAUGGCCAUUGGCAAUCGUACUUCCCUCGUUGAACUUGAUAUGGCAGGCAAUAGCAUCAGAGGCAGAAUCCCAAAAACCAUAGGAAAUCUCUGUGGUUUAAGCAAAUUGAAUUUGUAUGGGAACAUGAUCGAACAGAUACCUGAAAGAUUGAACGGGACCCUCCCGACGACCUUCGGUCAGCUCUCUAAGUUGACGUACUUAGACGUUUCAAUGAAUUCCUUAACCGGUAUUGUAUCUGAAUCCCACUUCGAGAAGCUCUUCGAAUUGAAGACAUUGAUGUUAUCUUCCAAUUCAUUGAUUUUCAAUAAACAGAAUCUAACUUGGUUUCUAGACCUCUCAAAUGCAACCAUCUCAGAUACAAUCCCAAACUGGUUUUGGGACAUUGCUAGCCACAUCGAACACUUGAAUUUCUCCAACAACUACAUCCAUGGCCAGCUUCCGCGCCGGUUAUUGAUUUCAGGACUGGUCGAUUUGAGCUCGAACCACAUUCAAGGCCCCUUUCCCCUUCCAGUAAAUGAAGUUCAACAACUCGAUCUCUCCAACAACCACCUCAUCGGGCCGAUCCCUGAGAACAUCACCCAUGUACUGCAGUUCGCUUCUCUGCUCUUGGUUUCAGGUAAUCAGAUAAACGGCACGAUUCCAUCGGCCAUAGGAGAAAUGAAGAAUUUGAGAGUUCUUGAUCUUUCCAGGAACAAUCUACAUGGCAGCAUUCCACCGACCUUGGGUGGUUGCACGCAAAUGGAAGCGCUCGAUCUGAGCGGAAAUCAUCUAUCCGGACCCAUCCCAGAAUCCAUAGGCCUUCUCACCCAGCUCAGAACACUGCAUCUGAAUGAAAAUAAUCUCUCACAAGAACUCCCUUCAUCGAUGAAGAACUGCUCCAGCUUAGAAACUCUCGACCUUGGAGAGAACACAUUCUCCGGCUGCAUCCCUACCUGGAUCGGCAAAAGCUUCCCAUCUCUCCGAAUUCUCCGUCUACGGUCUAAUACAUUCUCCGGCGAAAUCCCACUUCAAAUAUCAAAUCUUACUUCAUUACAAGUCCUUGAUCUUGCAAACAAUCAUCUAACGGGUCUCAUUCCAUCAAGCAUCGGAAAUCUCACCGCCAUGCAAACCCCACAGAAGCAGAGCCGUUUACUAGCUUAUGGGGUUUACUACAAUGAGAGAAUUUACAUUAUUAGCUAUGUUGAGAGAUUGCUUGUGUCGAUGCAAGAUAAGAUGUUCGAGUAUAGCAAGACUCUUUCGCUCGUAACAAGCAUGGAUCUUUCGAGCAAUCGCUUGAUUGGAGAAAUACCGGAUUCUUUGAUGAAUCUAUCAGGGAUGCUGAUCUUGAACUUGUCGAAUAACCGUUUGGGUGGGCACAUUCCCGAUCGGAUUGGAAAUUUACAGCAAUUGAUGACUUUCGAUAUCUCCAGGAAUCGGCUUUCAGGUCUAAUUCCUUCGAGCAUGGUGUCAAUAACUUUCUUGAAUGAUGUGAAUUUUUCUAGCAACAACUUCUCUGGGAGGAUUCCGUCGGGUAAUCAAUUCUCGACAUUCGAAGCGUAUGUGUAUAAUGGAAAUCCAGAUCUUUGUGGCCCACCUAUCUUAAGAGAAUGUAAUGAACGGCUGCCACCAGGAAGAUCUGAGCCGACCGAUGGUGGGGAUGGAUCAGAAAUUCCAUGGUAUUAUGUUAGUGUUGGAUUGAGAUUUUGGAGUGGGAUUCUUGGGAGUUCAUGUUGUUCUGUUUCUUAA